AUGAUGGAAAAUUCAACAGUGCUGAAGGAGUUCCAGGAGCUUGAGAAAAAGCGCAAAGCUAUUGAAGCAGAGAUUGGGAUUUACACAGAGAUUCUGAAGAUCAAUAGGGAUGUGGGAAUGCAUGGACCUCUUGUGGACUCUGAGGGCUUUCCGCGAAACGAUAUCGAUUUAGUUGCUGUACGGACAGCACGCAAUAGAAUCAUAUGCCUCAAUACAGAUUACAAUGAGUUGAUGACUAAACUUGAAGAAGUCUCUUCGCGACUUCUAGCGAAACAGUCAUUGUCGACUUCCGAAGCAAUGGAUACAGAAACUCCGUUUGAACCUCCACCGAAAGCCUUCCUCACUGUCGAUCAAGUCACUCCUGGCUCACCUUCUGAUCUUGCAGGUAUUCGUGUCGGUGAUAAGAUUGUUCGAUUCGGUUCGCUUCUUUCUUCCAACUUCUCCGGUCUCUCUGCAGUUAUGGAGGUCGUCAAGGCAACAGCUCCUAAAGUGAGUUCCCUUACAGCCACUUGA